AAAGCGAAGCGCUGGUCCCCGUCUCGAGACCCCGACCCCCGCGUCCGCGUCGCCUCCUCCACUCCACCUCCCCCUCCCCUUUCCUCUCCCCUCCUCUCCUUUCGCAUCCCCCAUCGCGACCGCGACCGCAACCCUCCCGCCGCAUCGGCGAGUGAGCCGCGCUCGGUGCUCCCAGCCAGCCUGCCUGCCUGCCUGCCCGGGCGACGCGCGCUACCUCGGCGUGGGUGGUGGCGGGGGGAGAGAGCGCGCGGGGGCGGGGAGAUCGAUCGGUCGGUGACCGGGACCUAGGAGGAGGGAGGACCGGAGGAGACGCGAUGGCGCGGGAGCGGAGGGAGAUAAAGCGGAUAGAGAGCGCGGCGGCGCGGCAGGUCACCUUCUCCAAGCGCCGCCGGGGCCUCUUCAAGAAGGCCGAGGAGCUCUCCGUCCUCUGCGACGCCGACGUCGCGCUCAUCGUCUUCUCCUCCACCGGCAAGCUCUCCCAGUUCGCCAGCUCCAGUAUGAAUGAGAUCAUCGACAAGUACAGCACGCAUUCUAAGAACCUGGGGAAAACAGACCAGCCUACUCUUGACUUGAACUUAGAACAUAGCAAAUAUGCAAAUUUGAACGAUCAGCUUGCAGAAGCUAGUCUUCGACUAAGACAGAUGAGAGGCGAGGAGCUUGAGGGAUUAAGUGUUGAUGAACUCCAACAGUUGGAGAAAAAUCUAGAAACUGGUCUGCACAAGGUGCUUCAGACGAAAGAUCAACAAUUCUUGGAACAGAUAAAUGAACUACAUCGAAAGAGUUCACAGCUGGCAGAAGAGAAUAAGAAACUGAGGAACCAAGUAGCCCAGGUUCCAACAGCUGGCAAGCUAGUGGUUGUUGAUACCGAAAAUGUUAUUGCUGAAGAUGGACAGUCCUCGGAAUCUGUCAUGACUGCAUUGCACUCUGGAAGCUCACAGGAUAAUGAUGAUGGUUCCGAUGUUUCCCUGAAAUUAGCAUUGCCAUGGAAGUAACAGUAGUUGUCAUCCGUUCGGUUCUUCAUGGAGGUGCAGCAUCAGUGGAGAAGCUCUUGUGUUAUGAACAAACCUGGGCUGCAAUAAACUUGCAGCUGAAGCGAGAUCAGUUGACCUGAUUUACCAUCCUUGUGGCUGCAUGAUGUGAUGUUUCCGUUUUUACUGUUUGGCAUUUGCUAGGACCGUAACUAAACUUCUAGAGAGCUACCUGAUGUUCUUCUCGUCGCUGUUGACACUUUUCAUGCUAUGUAUGUACCUUGUUGGUAUCUUAAAUUAUGAUCUAUAAAUACAUGUCUUGGUCAGCGUUCUAA